AAUUCGUGCCGCGUGCGCGUUCGUGUAUAUCGUGGGCAAGUCACAACAUAAAGCGCCAGCCACAAUAUCUUAAACUCUGAAAGACAUCCCCAACAAAAAACCACAAGCAUAAAGUAAAAAAAAAAAAAAAUAAGAAAGAAAAGGAAAACGACAUAAAGCAAACAACUAAAAAUGCCGCGCGAGUUGCAACAAAGACGCAGCCGGCUUUUGAUGCUACCGCUGCUGGGUCUAUGCCUCGCCAGCUUUGCUCUGCGCUGCGAUGCGCGUGCGGUGAAUGUGAGCAACACUUGGACAAUGCCACAGGAGGGCCUGAAUGUGUUUUAUCGCUUCUUUCGUGAUCGCAUCUCCUGGUUCGAGGCGGAUGCCGUUUGCCAGUUUCACCAUGCCAAUCUUGUAACAGUUGACAACAGUUUUCAAUUUGAUGCAACUCGCGACUUGCUAAGGGAAUUGGAUGUGAACGACAUCGUUUGGAUUGGACUCAUGCGACCGCAGAACUCGGAUCGUUUUAUGUGGUCCAACUCACGACCUUUGGUGGUGGACACUGGCUACUGGGCGGAGUCUUUACCGCUAAUGGAUGCGCCCCUCUGCGCUGUUAUCGAUCCCAUACGCGAUUAUCGUUGGCAUGCGCUGCGCUGCGGCGGUCCCGAGACGGCUUCUUUCCUGUGCGAGAUGCCUGUGCCAAGCUGGGCAGAUGCCUGCAUACUGAAGGAUAUGCCCAAUCUGACCAUGCAAUACAUGGCGGAUACGGCAAGCAUUGAGCUGAUCCGCAACUGUCAGGAGGAGGGUCUACUUCGGCACACCUGCAAGGGCAAGGAGGAUCGUGAGCGGGCCAUUCGGGAGUUAAUCUGUCCCAAGGAGCGCUUGGAGGCGCAACGCAUCAACGAUAUCACCAACUCGCACUUCAAGUCACUGCAGAUCAUCAACAACAUGCCCACGGACAACAAUGAGAACAACGACAUCGAAUUGCUGCCCCUGAUGGCCAACUAUGGUGCGAGUGCAAUUAAGAUCCAGGUUGCCACUGCUGCCACAGCCGCUCCCGUGCCCGUUGAACGCUUCAGUCUCGAUAGUUUAAUGAUGGCACAUGCGCCAGUGCCACUGAUUCGAUAUCACAUCCCCGGCCAGAUUCCCAUGCCUGUUAAGAAGUCGGCCAAGAAGGUUAACAUCCACGACGAAUACGCCAAGAACCUGCAGGCACAGCAGGAACAGAAGCGCAAAACGACUCCGAAGCCAAUUUCCCACCUGGACAUGAUGAUGGGCGAUCAGCCGCCAAUGAGUGAUGAGCAACUGGCCGAGGAUCAUGAGAGCGAUGUCUCUAACGAGAUCUUUGAGGCUCUGCCGCACCGAAAGAAAAUAAUGCUGGAAGAUCUGAAGACAAUGGAGCCCAUAACUGAAAGAACAGCAGGAGCAGUCACCGAAGAAACAGCAGCAACAUCAACAACAACAGCAGCUCCAGUAACGUUAACCAGUGCACCAGUGACCACAAUAAUAACAACUACCACAGCACCUACUACAACAACAACAGCAACAGCAGCACCACCACCAUCAUCAACAAGAGCCAGAGCCUUACCCACAACUACAACAACAACCGUAGCAGUACCCACAACAACAACCGAAGCACCUCCAAUAACCACAGCAGCAGCAGCAGCAACAACCAUGGCAGCAACAUCAACCGCAGCAGCAGCAACAACUCAAGCACCCCCAUCAACAACAGCAACAGUAAUCAGAUCCUCUGCCGUGCCUGCAACAACCACAACAACAACAACAAGCGCACCCUCAAUGACAACAACAACAACUACAGCAGACGUAACAACAACCGAAAUGAACAUUAAGAUAACAAUUGCAACAGCAACACAAGCAGCGGAAGUGGAAACGGAUUCAGAUACAACUGCUGCUGCCACAACUGGCAACACUUUCAAUAACGACGACAGCAACACUAGCCACAUUGGCACCAGCAGCAGCAGCAGCAGCAGCAGCAGCAGCACGAGCAUGAACAGCAACAUUCCCGCUCCGACCACAGCAGCAGCAAUCCCGAUGGGUACAUCAACGGUGAGCAUUGCACAUCCCAUACAUCCGGUGCAGCAGACGCGCGAUGAAAUGUUGCACCUACAUGUUAAGGAAACGGUAGACAAUUCGCAUUUCAUACCGCCAAUGCUUCUGGUCAAAUCACACUAUGUGCCGCCAGCCAAGCACGGUGAGCAUGGUGAGCAUGGCGAACAUGGGGAGCAUGGGGAGCAUGUCGAGCAUGGGGAACAUAAGGCAGACCGUGGUAUCCUCAAUCUACUGGCAACGGCUACAACAACAACAACAGCAGCAGGAACAGCAGGAGAAACAGCAGCUGCAGCUGCAGCUGCAACAGUAGUUGCAACCGCUCCUUUCCCGGCCUUGAUGCCAGCACAUAUCGCAAGCAAGGCAUCAGCGACCGCAGCACCAGAAACAGAGAUAACGACAACAACAACAGCAGCCAAAGCGGUUGCAACCUCAAAAACAACAACAACAAUCGGGGCAGCAGCAGGCAAAGUGCUGACUACAGAGGCGCCUCAGCUGCUGUCAGCGACCGCAACAAAACAGCCAACAGCUAAUGAAAACAGCUCAAAUGCGACCACAGCAGCAGCAGCAGCAGCAGCAUCAGCAGCAGCAACUGCAAUAACAAAUGCAGCUGCCGCUCAAAUGCCGACCGAUACAAAGAUACAAGUGGAUAGCGAGAGCGAGGCUGAGGCUGAGGCCGAGGCCGAGGAUGAGGAGGAGCUGGAGUUAACGAGCGCCACAACAGCACGUCACAACUUCCUGCAGGAGGAAACUGAGGCGCCCUUUAAGCCAAAUCGACGACGUUCGCUAACAAAACCGGAAACCGUUAGCUAUUUCAAGAAGAUCUUGGGCUAAAUGCGCUCCACACAACUGAAGCGUCUCUUUUCAGUUAAUACCCAUUUCCGACAGCAAUCCCACUUCCCACAUCAAUAAUCCCCAUCCACCCCCAUUUCAGUGACACCCCUGCAACGUAAUUGGCGUGCAAAGAGAAAAAAUAGGAGAAGAAGAAGGGAAAAUAUCAAAGCUGCAUUGCCAGCAAAUUGAAUCAAGUUGAUGUCACUGUCUGAUUCAACCAGCAAUCACACACCCAACCAGCAGCAGCAGCAGCAUCAUCAUCAUAAUCAUCGGCAUCAUCAGCAUCAUCAGCAUCAACCAAAUACACAUUCUGGCCAAAGUUUGUAAAACUUGGUAACACCCCCUUUCCGCCCCCCUGGCCACCCACCGGAAACUCAAGCUGUUAGUCAACGCCAAGCGGAAACGCAAAGCAGCCAAAAGAAAACUCAAGCAUUUCAGUGUAGAGUGGCAGCAGAAGUUCCAGUUGGGAGCACCAAAUAUGUCAAUUCUUUGCAGCACAAGCCACAAAGUACUACCACACAACAAAUACACACACACACACACACACGCCACAGCACAGCACACAGUAUACACACACACUCUCACACACACACACACACACCUCCACAUUAGUAGAGACAGGCAUCGGAAAAAGUCUGUCAAAGUAAAUGACAGUCAAAGUAAGCGAAAAAUAAUAAGUAAAGAGCAGACCGUAGGGCGGAUAGAGAGAUGUGUGUGUGUGUGUGUGUGUGUGUGGGUGUGGCUGUUGGUGUGUGCGUGUGCGCGUUUCCAAUGGCCAAAUCUAAGGUAUGAUAAAUAGUACUAAAAAUUCUUACAGAGCUACUCGUGCCGUAUACGCAUAAAAUAUGAAAAUCAUCAGAAGCGAGUCAAUUUUUUUAUUUCGUUUUCCUUCCCUACCUUGCCGGCACUCAGUCGAGUUAAAAGUAAAAAGUAAAUAUUUGAUAUCCAUUUCGAAUAUUUAUGGUUAUGUGCACAUUAUAAUACAAUUGAAAUGGCAGUAUACAUACAUAUGCAUAUACAUAUAUAUGAUCCAUAAACAUCAAGUAUUAUACAUACAAAAGUAUUAUUCACCAUCUCCAAAUGCGAAACGGGCCUCGUAUAAUAUAAAUAAAUUCACACAUUCAUAAAUAUGAUGUGAAGGUCAUUUUUUUUGUCCAAAUAGUGAAUAUAUGUGUGUAAGUUUGGAUCGCAAAGUUUUGCAUAGUUAUUAGAAUUCAAAUGUGGAGCAGCAGAAAAGCUUUUUGAUCGAAUGAUUGAGACAUACUUAAGAUUAAGAUAUAUAAAGAAAAAGAUAAAAAAAUACGAAACGAAUCUAAUCGAAACGAAAUAAAAACGCACACAACACACUCCCAAGUACACAAAAAACCAAAUCCAUGUACUUCGAUCUAGAAAAUUAUGUACUCACCAAAGAAAGAAAACAAAAAAGGAAAAAUAAAAAUUAAAAAAUGAAUGAUAAUCAAUUUGCUAGAGAUAAUGUCAAAGAAUAACAGAGAAGAAAGGCGCAGAAGCAUCUGGAGUCAAGCGCACAAGGCAAAGUAAAGCAAAUAGAAAUAUAUGUAUGCGUAAAUAGUAUAAAUAUAAA